AUGGGAGGCCAGUUUCCCAACUUGAACGAAGUCAAAUUGAUUCUGGACGUUGAGGCACCCCAGCGAUUCCGGGCACGGCUUCGGAAGGAGAGCCAGGAACUGCGCCUGCAACUGUUCAUGGAACUACGCGUGGGAGGCAUAGGGCGCCGUGAGCUCGAACUAGCUAUCCGACCUUUCAAGGAAGCCGGCAUCGAAGCCAGCUUCAACAGUGGCACUUCCGCGGGCUGCGUUCACACAACUUAA